GUUAGCUCAACGUUAGUUAGCGUUAGCACACAGCAGACUUUUCAGUGUCAGUAGCAGUACCUAAUGUCCCAAAUAAAACUAUCGGGACGAUGGAAUCAUGCCUGAGCAACAAGGCUGACAAACGGGAACAGGUAGAGGUUGACGAUUUGAGGAGAGAUCUCUCAGAAUUCAAUACUUUCCUGGACGCACAGCAUUCCAGGAUUGAGGAGAAAGAACACCUUCAGGUCUACCUCCGUAUCCGACCCUUCACCUCAGCAGAGAUCAAUAAUGGAGAGUCGCAGGACUGUGUUAUUAUUGAGCCCCCUGACACAGUUCUGCUGAAACCUCCCAGUUUGUCCCUCUCCGUGAGGCUUAGCACUGAGAAAUCCCUUCCACAGACUGGACAGCGCUUCCAGUUCUCUCAGGUGUAUGGUCCUGAGACAAGCCAGAGAGAGCUCUUUCAAGGCACAGCGAAGGACUUGGUGAAAGAUGUUUUUGAAGGGGGAAACUCUUUGAUUUUCACUUACGGAGUCACAAACGCUGGAAAGACCUUCACAUUCUUAGGUCCAGAUGCUGAUGCUGGUAUCCUGCCCAGGUCUCUCCAUGUCAUUUUCAACAGUAUUGAUGAAAAGGUUUUCACUGGGAUGAGCAUCAAACCUCACCGCUGCCGAGAGUUCACAAGGCUCACAAGGGAGCAGCAGGCUGAGGAGGCGUUGUUCAAGAGAAACCUCUUCAGUCAACUUAAAGAGAGGACUGCACUGCGCCUGUCACAGGACGUUAAGGGCAAUGCCUUUGUCAAAGAUCUGCGUUGGGUUCAGGUAAAUAGUGCAGAAGAGGCUUACAUGGUGAUGAAGCUGGGAAAGAAGAACCAGAGCUUCUCCUCCACCCGGCUCAACCAGCUCUCCAGCAGGAGUCACAGUAUUUUCUCCAUUCGCAUAUUGAGGAUUGAGGAUGUUGGGAGCCCGAGGGUCCACACCGUCAGCGAGUUGAGUCUGUGUGACCUGGCUGGCUCAGAGCGAUGCGCAAAGACCCAGAAUAAAGGAGAGCGCCUGAAAGAGGCCGGAAACAUAAACACCUCACUGCUCAUCCUGGGAAAAUGCAUCAAUGCGCUGAGAUACAAUCAGCAGGCCAAGCUGCUUCAGCAUGUUCCUUUCAGGGAAAGCAAGCUGACCCACUACCUGCAGGGCUUUUUCUGUGGUCGCGGUAAAGCCUGUAUGAUCGUCAACAUCAACCAGUGUGCCUCCAUGUACGAUGAGACGCUCAAUGUCCUCAAGUUCUCUGCCGUGGCACAGAAGGUUGUGGUUCUGUCCACCAAACACCUUCCCAUCAUGCCCCAGAGGUCCACCAGUGAGAUAUCCUUCAUCAACAAUACAGAGAGGAAAGUGCUUUGCAGCAGCAGGCGGAGCUCCUCGAUUGGCUGGGAUAGUAGCCUGGAGGAUGUCCAGGAGGAUGAGGAUGAGUAUCAGGAAGAAAAGAGCCUGAUGGAGGACACAAUGGAUCAGACAGACAGCGACGAAGAUAAAAUUCUCAUCGCUAAAACCACGCACCAGAGGCAGGUGGCGCUGUUGAAACAGCUGAAGGUACAGCUGAAGAAGGAGCGAGCAGAGAACCUGCUUAUGGAGGCACGAGUCCGAGAGGAAAUCAGCAGAGAGUUCACAGAGCUGUUCUCUGAGAUGCAGCAUGACUACGAUGAACGCCUCGUCAGAGAGAGAGAAAUAUUGGAGGAGCGAGCAGAAAGGAGGCUGGAGAUAUUCAAGAACCUCAUUGACAAAAUGGCCACUGCUGGACCAAGUCCAGAUACAGCCAUGGACAAAUCUCUGGACUCCUACUCUGAUUUGGCAGGCAUGAAGUUGUCUACUGAGGCUGCUCGUAAAUGUCUGGGCUCAAGCCGAGCAGGAGCUCAGGGUGACAGAAGAGAUGCUGUAGAGGAGCUGGAGGCGAAGGUGCCGGAACUUAAUGAGCACCAGCAGGAAGUCCAAGAGCAGAUGGCCCACAAAGACAAUGGUGAAGCCAGUGGAGCAGAGAAUGAAGAGAAGAGGAGGCUUCUCUUUCAGCUACAGGAGAAGUCGUCAGCGGUUUCCCACCUGGAGAAACAAUUGGGAGACCUGCAGAAGGUUGUUGAGCAGGGCUCACAGGGCCAUUCCUUGCUGGUAAAGGAUGGGCGUUCAUGUGAUAGAGAGCAGUUGCUGGAGGCGCUGGCUGCCCUCGAGAAGGAGAAGAGAGGCAGAGAAGAUGCUCUCGCUGCUUUAGGAUAUCAGACUAUGGGAAAAGAGGAAGCACUGGCAUCCUUAGAGGAGGAAAGAAAAGCAAGGGAGGAGGCCCUUGCCACACUUAGGGAGCUAAAGAGAAGCAAGGAGGAGGUGCUAGCAUCCCUCAAAGAAGAGAAAAAAGGCAACGAGAAGGCCAUGGCAGCCCUUGAAGCAGAGAGGAAAGCCAAGGAGGAUGCCAUUGCAGCCCUUGAAGAAGAGAAGCAAAGCAAAGAGGACCUAUGUGCUGCCCUUGGUGAAGAGAGGCGUGGCAAAGAGGCAGCUCAGUCUGUGCUGGAGAUCACCAGGAAGGAAAACGGCAUGCUGCUUGAGGAGAAAGAAAAGAGGCAACAGGAGGGUGAUGCACUUCGACAAGAAGUGGGAGAUCUGACUGCCAAACUAGAAGCUACAGAGCACCAGGUGACCACCGAGACGGAGAGAGCUGAACAAGCAUUUGUCCAACUCCAAACUGCUCAGGCACAACUGGACGAACACUCCAAGGAGAUCCUGGAGAAAACUUCCCAGAUCCACUCCCUGACGCAUGAAGUUCAAAGCCUGAAACAAGAAGUGCAGACUUCAGCAGCAUCAUCUGGUGAGAGUAAUCAGCUGAGGGAAGAAGUGUCAGAGCUUAGAAAGAAUCUGGCUGAGGAAAAGGAGAAAAAUGAAUGCAAACACAAAGAACUGCUGGUGCUGGAGCAGCAGCUAGCGCAGGCAAAAGAACAGUUUGCACACCAACAGCUGAUCUCUGACCAGCAGCACGAACAGUUUACUGAGAAGCUGAAUCAGCAAGAAGUGGCUUCAAAAUUGCAAGCUGAAGAGCUGAGAAAGAAGCUUCGGGAGCAAGAAGAGAUAUCCCAGCAGCCACUGGAUGAGCUCAGAUCCAAGCUCGAAUGCCAGGAGCAUGCCUCGAGAGAAGAAGUGGAACAACUGAGAGCAGAACUUAAGGAACAAAGACAGGCCUUUGAGAAGCAGGUAGAGGUUCUUAAUGAGAAGCUGCGUGAACAAGAAGUGAUUUCACAACAGCAGCUGGAGGAGUUAAAACACAAACUGGGUGAAGAGAAAGCAACCUCUGGCAAACUUUUAGAGGAUCUCAAACAAAAGCUCAGCGAGAGGGAGCAAACAGCAGACUUGCUCAAGGCAGAAAUAGAAGAAGCUGUGAUUAAAAGCUCAAACUGUUCCUCUAGCUCUGCUGCUGAAGAAGAUCUCAAGAGGUUGAGCACUGAUCUCCAGACUGAGGUUGGAGCAAAUCCCAGCAAAUCUGAAGCUCGGCAAGCCUCCUCAGAGAGAGAGAGAAUGUCAACACAAAAGGACAGACAGGUGGAGGAGAAGCUAGCGGAGUUAGAGAAAGCGUCUGCAGAGAGAGAGGCAGAGCUGAAGAAAAAGCUGCUGGAAAAGGAGGCCCAGAUAACAUCCCUGGAGAGGAGAUUGCAGGAGGCACAGGAGCGACGGGAGGAGGAGGAGAGCCAUGCGGUCCAAGAGGCCCGGCACAGGGAGGUGGAAAGGCGCAGGGAACUCCUGGCUGUGGCACAUGAAGCCAUUGCUCAGAAGGACGCAGAGCUGGAGAAGAAAGCCGAGGAGAUCAGCAGACACAAGGAGAAUGCCAAGCAGGAAUCAGAAAAAGCCAAGAGCCUCAGUCUCGACCUUCAGAGGAAAGAGGAAGACACUUCAGACCUUAAAGAGAAACUAGCGGACUACAAGAAGCAGAUGCAGCAGGUCCAGAAGGAGAUCUCAGCCAUGAGAGAAGAGGAAAAGGUUUUGAGGCAGAAGCUCUCUGACAUGGAAAAAGCCAAGAAGCAGCUUCAGUCUGACCUCGCCAAUAGAGACAGAACCAUCCAGCAGCUCAGAGUGGAACAAUCAUCCGACACCAAGUCUGACCAGACUCUCCAGCUCUAUCAGAAGGCCUGUAAAGACCUUGAAGCCAAGGAGCGUGCAAUGGAGGACAUGCGCUUGGCGCUGACGGAGCAGGAGGAGACGCAGGACCAGAUGGAACAGGUCUUGGAGGAGAAACUUAACCUCAUCCAGGAGCUCUCCAGUGAAGUGGAGAAAUUGAAAGGGAUCUUGUUGCAGCAGGACUGUGGAAACAGCACCAACCGCCAAGACCACGGCCUGUCAGAUGUGGCCAAGCAGGAAGCUGCCCAGGCUCAGGAAAGCUUGAAGCUGUGUACAGAGAAACACCAGGCAGAACGCAAAAAGUGGCUGGAGGAGAAGCUGUUUCUGAUUGGCCAAGCUAAAGAGGCGGAGGACAAGAGGAACCAGGAAAUGAGGAAAUUUGUUGAAGACAGAGAACGCUACACUCGACAGCAAAGCCAGCUGGAGUCCCUGUCAUCCCAGCUGGCUGAGAAGGAGCAAACCAUGGAGAAGUGGAGGAAGGAGAGAGACACUCUGGUAGCUGCUUUGGAAGUCCAGCUGCAGAAGCUUCUCACCAGCCAAGCAGAGAAAGACAAGCUCAUCCAACAGCUACGCCAAAAUACCACACAGACGCCACAAGAGAGUGGUGAUAGUGGUGUCGGCGUGGAAGAGAUGCAGGCUGCCCUGUCUGAGAGGGACGCAGAGAUCCUACGACUGAAGGAUGCGCUCAAGGCCUCAUCAGCCAAACAGGAGGACACGGUGGCACAGAAUAUAAAGAAUGAGAGUCCUGCUGUAUUGGAAGGGAAACCCAAGAGUGAAACCAUGAAAGGGAAGGCACGAGGAACGAGGGAUACCAGAGCGUCUGUCAGCAGUCAGGGAUCAGCUGGCUGUCCGUCAGUGCUGGACUCCUCCGAGAUUUCCACAGAGAACGGCAGGACGAGCCGCUUCCCCCAGCCAGAGCUAGAGAUCUCCUUCAGCCCUCUGCAGCCAAAUCGGAUGGCUCUGCGACGGCAGGGAGAGGAGAACGCUGUCACCGUCAAAAUCACCCGCUCAGCACGCAAGAGGAAGAGUGGGGAGAUGGACAAGGAAGAGGUGGAGGCAGAGAACAGAAGGAACACGAGGACCAAACUGACGUCUAAGCUGACCGCACACCAAGAAGAGAUCUCUUCCCCAGCGGGUCGCCAUGACUCUCAGAGCAGCAUCCACAGCAGAAAGGAAGGAACGCUGCAGAAGAUCGGAGACUUCCUGCAGAGCUCCCCCACGCUGCUCGGCACUAAAGCCAAGAAGAUGAUGAGUCUGGUGAGCGGUCGGGGUGGUGCAGACUCAGCAGCCUCCUCUUCAUCCCUCAGUCUGAGAGCAAAGAAGAACAAAAGGAAACUCUACAGGCCCGAGAUCUCCUCCCCCAUGGACAUGCCCUCACACCCAAUCAUCAACAGAGAACCAGAGGAGAAAGAGAGCGACCACCAGGUCAUUAAGUGGCGCCUUCGCUCAAGGAUGGAUAAAUAGUUAGUCUCAUAUAAUACUGUACAUCUUGUUAUAGCUUAACACUGUCCAACAAAUAAAGGGUGCAUUUAGAUGCUUACAGGCACACAACAUUCUCUAUGCCCUAAUGGCUAGAAAAUCCCAGAACAGAAAAAUGUCUUCUCAGUGUUCUUAUUUCAGUUGAAACUAUUUAACUAGAUUUUUAGAGUAGAGCAAAGUCCCUAAUAUACAGCUAGUUAUGUGUCGAUUAAAGGAAUAAUUCAACAUUCUGAAAAGUAUACUUAUUCUCUGUUCUUCCAGGAGUUAGCUUAGCACAAAGACUGGAAGCAGCUAGCAUGCCUUUGUGCUUCCAAAUACGUCUCCCACCCCCUCUGAAGAUCACUUACCUGUUGCACUUUUGUUUUUUUUUAAUUCAUACAAGCAGAAAUGUAAGAAAUGCUUGUGGUUCAGCAUGGAGGUGCACGCUGGAACUAUUUCUUGACAAGCAACAGCUUCCUGUAUCUUUCCACCAAAGUACUGUUCUGUAAUGUCUUAGUCAGGCAACACUUCCCCCCCUGCUUCCAGUCUUAAAGCUCAGACAUGAGUCCUAUUAAUUUCUUCAUCUUCGUCUCUGCAGGAUAGCAAAUAAGCAUGUUUCUCAAAAUGCAGAACUGAUCUGAUCAUUUAAUCAACUUCAGGCUGGUAAAAAGUACUGAUUUCUCACUCUCUUCUUUUCCUUGAGUAAAAGCUAUUUUGUUCACAUUUACUAUCAAAUAACUCCAGAGUUACUGCAUCUAUUUGAAAUAGUAAGUAUUUAUAUAUUCUUUCAAUACACUUUAUAGACAAAAGAUGCAGAUGUUUUUAUGUUCUUUUAUUCCUUAUUUUUCAUUUACUUUGAUGUGCAAUUUCAUAUGGAAAGUUCUGGACUGCGCUGCAGUUUGGUUGGUAUUUUUGUGUUUAUUUUUACUUUAUAUGAGCAAGCUACAACCGUUAAAACCGUAAAAAAAAAAUACCAUUCUGCAAAUAUCUGCAAUGUCAUCCUGUUUGUGAGAAGCAGAAGAACCAGAUCAUCUGUUUUUUCCCUUCUGGUGAACUGCAAAUGUACUCAUUUAUUUUCUGUAACUGAUACCAACACAGCUGCUAGUCGAGUGCUGAAAAAGUCUCACUUUGUUCUGAGCAACUUUUUUUCCUACAUUACAUGUGAAACACAAGUCAAAUAAACUCACUAAAUUCUUCCUGCACUUUAUCUCUUUCUUCAAAUGUAAAAAACGGAGCAAAAUAUGACACGAAGGGCAGAUAAUGCAGAAUAAAAUGACCAAUGUUCUACUGUGUACCUACUCAGACACAUUCUGGUCGUCAGAGGUUUCUAUGACUGUAGGACUGCGGAUGUUGAGUUCUCUUUAGUUCACAGUGUUCUGUUCCAGAUGAAGGACUGCUGAGUAUUUCUCUUUUGUGCAGUAUGGUUUUAUUAAAGCUGCCUGAGAAACGUUUGUUUUUCCAUUCCUGACGUUUCUGUUCUGAAAUUGUGCACUUUUCUAUAUUUACUUUUUGAAAACAUUUUACAAACUUUUCUGUCAAACCAUCAUGUUUAUUCUGCUUUUUGUAUUAGUCAUU